AAAUUUUAACACAUUCAUUCAAAGUUUGAUUUUGUGAAGAUCGAAAAUGGGGGGGACUCAGUUGUUUUGGUCCUCCUUCUGUAUAAUGAUACUCAGUUCGAAUUUCGUGAUAGCCUGCGAUGAAAAAGGACUAUGUUUGUUAGAGGCUCUCAAAGAAAUGAAAGACUGUAAAAAGACAGCUCUGGCUUCGUUAUUGAAACCGCUGCUGUCUAAGCUCGAAAAGAAAGAAAAACAUUUCUGCAGUAAAUGCGGUGCUAAAGAGCCUCCACCACCUCCGGCAACGAUUGUUUUGAUGCCAGCAUCACCACCGUCGCCAUGUCUGCCGCCACCGUGUCUCCCCCCACCACCAGCGCUACCUCCAGCUUUGCCUCCAAUAAUAUUGGCUCCACCUCCGGCACCCUGUUUUCCGCCAGCGCCCUUAUGUUUUCCUCCGCCACCCCCUGCCCCUAUAUUUCUUCCUGCACCAGCGCCAAUAUGUAUUCCUGCACCAGCACCAAGCCCUUACCUUCUACAAGCACCAGCUCCAGCACCUUUUAUUCUUCCAGCACCUGCACCCUUAUGUCUUCCUCCCCCACCUCCGGCACCUCUAUUUUUGCCUGCACCUCCCCCUGCACCUAUAAUGUUGCCAGCUUCUGUCCCUGCUCCCUUUAUGCUGCCACCCCCUCCAGCUCCUCUUUAUUGUUCUCCGCCACCUGCACCGGCACCAAUCGUAAUAUCAUUGGUACCUCCCGCACCACCUCCUCCUCCCCCGUGUGCCUUACCACAACCCGGACUACCUAUGACUGCGUAUAUGGUCCCAUCUCCUAUUCCAAUAACAUUAGAACCAAAACCUCUAGAACAUAUGCCUCCAUGUGGUUGCCAUUAUUGUUAAAUUAUUGUUUUCUGUUUUCUUAUUUUUAAGCAAAGUAUUUAUUUAUAAUUUUAGGUGCG